AGGUAUUCUGACCUGCUUUCUUCAAUCUACACCCCCGGCCAGUUACCGUGGAGAGAAGAUAAAGAGAGACGCUAUUGCCGCAUCCCUACUUUGUCAUCGUAAAUAUACAUGUAGAGAAAAUAAUUUCGAUAUGAAAUUGAAAACCGCAAUGAACCCUCUGAUUUCGUCAUCCACGUUGGCCUCUCCAUGUGUGGUGGGCACGCUGCCACCUUCGCUGAUAGCAGUCGUCUCUCAAGCGUCGCACAGUGUCAUUGCCUACCUCUCCGCUGAGCUGCCACCGGCCGAUGUUGGGAGUGCAGGAACGUCAAUGGGCAGUAACGCAGUCGAUUCUACCCUCCCGGGCGCAAAAAAAGCGCUGAGGUACGCCGUCUUUGAGGAUGCGGCGACCCAGCGCCGUUGGACUGUGGAGCUGAGCAGCAACCGCGACCGCAACAACAGCUCUCUUGCAUCUGAAGAGACUGAAUCGUGGAGUGUUGACGUGGACCUUUCAAAUGGGGUGCAACCACCCGACACGACGAGUGGGGCUAGUGCCGCAUCCGCCGCAGCGGCAGCUUCAGGUGUAGGGCCUCUCACAGGUCCCAAACACGUUAUGCAGCAGGACACGUGGAGGGAGACGGCCAUGAUGAAGCCACCACCGCCGCCCCUCGUGGCGCGUGUCCCGAUUGCUGCCGCUGCCGCUGACGUAGUUGAUGCCACCACGCUAUCUACGGAACUCCAGCGAGAGGGAAAAGAGUCGACGAAGCAGGGAGUAACGGACAUUAACGACGACGCGUCAUCCACCUCCUCAGCUUUGACAGCAGCGGGCAACAACCCGAGCCCGGCGUCCGCAACUCCUGCGGUAGAACUUCCCAGGCCGCCUCAUGCGCCGCCUCCGCCCAUCACAAACGGCGCCGUCUCUUCUUUACACGGUCACUCUCUUGAUGAUCUCAAAAAUCAGCACGGCGCGCUUCUCCGUCUGCUCGUACAGGUGCUCGCCCCGCAGCGGAUGACCACGCCGCUUGUGGUGCGUAAGGUGUGCACGCGGUCGCCUGAUGGGGCGGCCAGUUCGCUGUGUGAAGUGCACGACCCCUCGUCAUCGUCGUCGGUGCUGCGCUACACUGACGCGGACGUCGCCACUGCAGUGGAGCUGCUCACCACCCCGCACCCACGCCAUCCGAACCAGCGUGAGCUGAAAAGCGAGGCGUAUCUCCUGAUGAAUCUUGAUGGCUUCGCGGACGGUGAGCUGCGGCACAAGGCCGUCAACCGUGCGUACCCGGCCCUCGCACUUCACUGGCCCACGUCCGCUGCCCUUCUGGACGCGAUGGAGCGCUACGUCGAUCGGGAGGUGGUGCUGGAAACUCGCAAGCGGCACCCAAAACUGACGGCGCAGGACGGCAGUGGAGAGCAGCGCAAGCGACGGCGCUCUCAUUCGUCCAGCGGCUCCGACAGUGGCUCGCGCGACAGCUCCGACAACGACGAAAGGGGAGCGCCGGCGACGGUCGGGCCGUCGGCCUCAUCCAGACCUUCAAGCGAUGACUCUCAUGCAUCUGUGCCGCCGCGGCAGCACACUACCCAGAAAACCUUCCAGUCGCUGCACGAGUAUCCUCAAUCGCUGGAGCGUGGCGAUCUGCACGCGUGGCGCGACGGAGCAGAGGCGACGAAGGUGCGAGAGUGCCUGCAAGCCGCCACCACACUAGCGCAGCAGACACCAUCUUCCAGUUCUGCGUCGGUGGCGGCGGCCUCAACAUCAGUAGACUCAGCCACAACACUGUCCGUUUUGCCGAUUGCUAAUGCAGAAGACGUGGCGGUGCUGCGCGGCCAGUACGACGCCCUCGCCACCGCGGAGGCAGCGGUGGAGAGACGCUUGAGGGACUACCGUGACACAAUACAGGAGCUCAAGGUGUGGUAUCGCGCGGAGCAGUGCUCCCCCCACUUUCAGUCGGAGCUUGGUGCGUGGGUGCAGGCACAGGAGGAAGCCCGCGCUGAGCUGGUGGGCCUGCAAGAGAAGGUGCACAUCGUGCGCUACAAGUUGGAGCGUGACUUAACGGACUAUCUCCACCUGCAUGCCUUACGAGUGCUGUGA